ACCGAGAAUAGCACUGCUGUAUCCGGCAGUUCACGCGAGCCAUCCGAUAUCUGGGCCCGUCAUGCAGUGGAUGCUUGUUAUUGAUGGGCUGGGCUGGGCUGGGCCUCGACUGUCCAUGCUGUUCAAUCGACCGAUGUGCGAGCGCUAAGCCCAGCAGGACUUUGAGUAUAUAUAGAUAAGGCAAGAGUCCGCCUUUGAGCAAUAUGCUUCUCUUUGUAUCCACCACAAGACGCACACACUUGGUCCUUCGCACCCUCGUCUAUUCAAGAUCCAAGUCAAGCUUAUACUUCCGACAUGGUACUGAUCAAGCUCGAUUCAACGGUGGGCGCCAUGGAUGCCACGGCGUCUUCCAAGGACUCGGCAGUUCUUCAUAGGCAUCUGGACUCGACGUUUUUGAACAUGACGAGGUCUGAAGGAAACUUUCUGAUCCUCGAGAACGGCCGCAAGAUAUUUGAUGCUUCGGGAGGCGCUGCGGUCGGUUGCCUUGGCUGGGGCAAUCAGAGAGUUGCUCAAGCUGUCACAAACCAGGUACUUGCCGCACCGUACUGUGCGACAAUUUUCUACACCACCAGGGUCCAGGAAGAGCUAUGCCGCGAUUUGGUCCAAUCGACGAAUGGGGCUAUGGCGCGUGCUUAUAUCGUCAACUCAGGCUCUGAGGCAAUGGAGGCGGCUGUGAAGCUCGCCAGGCAGUACUUCCUUGAGAUUGACCAGCCACAACGGACCCUGUUCAUUUCCCGGAAGCAGUCAUACCACGGCAUCACUCUUGGUGCACUAGCCGUUGGAGGCCACGAGGUUCGGCGGGCCAAGUUCGAGCCACUCUUGGCAAAGAAUGUCUCGAGAGUAUCGCCGUGCAACGCAUUCCGCGGUAAAGCCCCCGGCGAGUCAGAUGAGGACUACGCGAAGAGACUGGCCAAGGAGCUCGAUGAGGAGUUUCAGCGAGUAGGACCAGAGAAGGUUUGCGCUUUUGUCGCUGAGCCCAUUGUUGGAGCUGCCCUUGGAUGUGUGCCUGCUGUCAAGGGCUACUUCAAAGCUGUAAGGGAGGUGUGUGACAAGCAUGGCGCACUCUUGAUCCUUGACGAAGUGAUGUGCGGCAUGGGGAGGAGCGGUACCCUGCACGCAUGGGAGCAAGAGGGCAUUGUUCCAGAUAUCCAGACCAUCGGAAAGGCCCUUGGGGGCGGUUACCAACCCGUAGCUGGCCUACUUGCUGGCCAUCGCGUGGUCAAGGCUCUUGAAAAGGGCACCUCUGUUUUCGUCCAUGGUCACACAUACCAGGGUCAUCCUGCCGGGUGUGCCGCAGCCCUGGAGGUGCAGCAGAUUGUUCGAGAGGAGAACCUUUUGAGCAAUGUUCGGACAAUGGGCGAUCUUCUCUCGAGCAGGCUGCGUGAGCUCCUCGCAAGCCAUCCGAACGUCGGUGAUAUCCGCGGUCGGGGUCUCUUCUGGGGCAUCGAGUUUGUCGCGGACAAGGAGAAUAUGGCCCCAUUCCCAUCGGACGACCAUGUUUGCAUGGAAAUCUGUGAACUGGGACUGACUGACAAGUAUGGGAUUAAUGUGUAUCCAGGCGGGGGAUCAGUUGAUGGAUAUACGGGCGACCACAUUAUCAUCUCGCCAGCCUUCAAUGUCUCGCGCGAAGAUGUCGAGUGGAUCGCGGCGACGGUAGGCCGGCUUGUGUCUGAAUACUUUACGGCAAAGGCCAGGGCUUGAUGCUGUUUCUCCUUUCUUUUUUUUUCCCUUCCGUAGAUUCGGACUGGCAUUCAGGUACUUGACGGGCAUGGCCUUGGUUACGGCGUUUGCUGAUG